GCAUCUUUUGAAUGCUCUCGAAAAUGAACGUAAUGAAUUAAAACAUAUCAACGGUGAAUUGGAAAGACAGAAAAGAGAUAGUCAUGCGUCUUUCGAGAAAGCCUCUGUGAAGGUGGACGUUGCAUUGUCUGGUCUGGUGAACGCUAUUGCCAGCACUAUGAUGGAAAGGAAGCAGUCUAGUGAUCAAGGCGAGGUUCAGAAGAAUUUUAUGUACCAAUGUACUACUGCGCUAAACGAAGUCUUGGAAAUCGAUGCUCUGUACACGAGAGAAUUGGAACGACUCUGUUUGAAGUUAUUCCCGCCUGACCAUGUCAAAAAUAUGAACGCUUUCGAUGGACAAAGAACUUCUGAGGAGAUUGAGAGACUCGCAUCUUUGUAUCCUAAAACCGAACGAAAUUACAUCGAGUCCGAUAUAGACUUGGAACGAUUAUCGACUUACUUAAGAGUUCUAGACCACGAAAUAACUCGAAUUGAUCAUUAUGACUUUGACAACAACAGUCUGGAAUUGAUGCAAGAGAGGAACGCAAGCCGAACAACUAUGCUGAAUGCGCAAAUAUUAGAAAUACUAAAUACAAACAUAGAACCAGCCCUGGUCCGAUUGGCCGAAACUGAUAUUCAAGCACCGGUUACGGCAGCUGACUAUAACGCUAGAUACAGUCAACAGCAUUCCGUAAACGAACAACUUGACAUGGUUUUGAAUCUCCUGACGACUCAAUAUGCUUGGAGCCAGUUCUUGCUCCAAUCCCUUGUUAAUGAGUUUGAAAAGCAAGAAACUCUGCAUCAGUAUCUCCGUCAAUUACAUGACGAUUGGCAAAAACGACGUGAAGAUUUUGAAAACCGAAUGGCGCUCACGGCUACGCUAGAAGCUACAGAAGGGACCGCGACACCGACUGUUGUCGAAAGUCAUGACACCUUCUUGUUAUCCAUGAAAAAGUUGUUGAUGCUUGACUUGGCUUCUAAACUCACAGAAGCCAACCACGCCACUCCAAUAGCACCCAAGACGCGAUCGUUAUUUACCUUUUAUCAAUAUCUGAAAGAACGCGUUGAGAAAUUUGGUCGUAAUCGUUCAAAUUUCUCGGCUAAUAUCACCGACGAGUUGGAAACUCAAACAAAUUUUGUCCGAGCGUGCGAAGAAAUCGAGCGUGACCUAUCGUCAUGUCUGCAUAAAAACUCCAAGACGUUGGAACUUCUCCUCUCUCCCAUGGAACUAUCUGACUUGCAACUGACAUUACGGGCAAUGACAAACAAGCUACAACCCAGUCUCAUUCAGUUUAUGCAUCACAACAAUAUCGCCCGACGAUCCGUCUAA